AUGUGGGCUCCAAUAGAUAAUACACAGGCAGAAACUGCAUCGCUAACUCCGUGGAGCAUUGAACAACAAAAUCGAUGGAGUGGUGUUACUGAUUACAGCAGUAAUGCAGCAUUUGAAGAGCACAUGCGAUCAAUUUUACCUCCAGCUUUUCGCAAUAAUACUGCCAAAGUUGUUUGGCAAGAGCCUAAAUCAUUAGAAACAAAUAUCAAUGAUGCUUUGGGUCUGUGGCAAGGAACUCCAAUCAAUCAGUUUUCGAUGGAACAGGAUCAGUCAAAUGGGACCAGUCAGUUCCCUCCAUCUUUCCCUGCUAGCGGUAUAGCAAACAGUUGGUCACAACCUGAAAUAGAGCAGCCAAAAACUUGGGAUAUGUCACCCCAGCCACAAUCAUUACGAGCAACAGCAGUUCAGUUUUGUGGUGGUGUGUCCCAGAGUAAAAUAUGGCCAAGUGAAGAACAAAUUUGGGGAGCACAGCGUCCUCCAGCGUUUCCAACUGCUCCUCCUCCACCUGCUUAUGCUGCUGGUUGGCAGCAGAACGCAGCGCGUGCUAAUCUUUUUCCUCCACCAACGCGUUUUACUGGACCACCAUUUGAAAAUAAUGCCGUAAUGGGUAAUUGGAUGCAGUGUCCAAUGAAUGAACCUAUUCAGCCACCUGUAGUACCACCUUCCAGUAUUCCGCCACCCCAAAGAAGUCGGUUGCAAAACAUAUGGGGUGGAGCACCAACGAUGAACAACACGAUCAAUAGAAUGUAUCUUCCUCCACCUAAUAUAGAAUAUAACAUACCAAAUAAUUUGCCUCAGUGGAACCCUUCUGCAGCCAACGCUGCUUCUGCAACUUCUGUAUCAGUUGUACCAAAGCCACAAUUCGGUCAUAAUUUCGUAAACCGUUCAUCACCUCCGAACACUUUCAAUUCCUACCCACAAAUUUCAAAGUCUGACUCGUUUAUGGGUGAAAAUGCUGUCUGGCAGGAUCCUGAAGGGGAAGUGCGUAAGUGGCAACGGGACACAGGCACCGCUGUAUGGGGUGAUCCUGAAAAACAACAAAAGGAAAUUAAACGAUGGAUUGUUCCAGCUGGGAAAGAGCAUGAAAGCCCUGAUUGUGACAGUGGAAGUCGUGUGAUUGUACCGCUUGGUUGGGGCAUCUUACCUUCAAGAUCAGGAACUGGGGGGGCUGCACCAACAUCAUCAAAUAGUGCUUUAUCGUGGCCAAGAAAUACGCAAGAAACAGCUGCAGGUGCAUCGAAUUCCGGCUGGGGGGGAAGUCGUCUGGUUUCAAGAAGCACGAGACCAGUUUAUUCCACACUUUGGGAACUUCUUGCAGAACACCAACCUUCGCCUUUGGAAAGCGCUUGGGUGCCAGACACCAAUGCAACUAUGCCAGCUUCUACGCAACAAAUUGUUGGUCAGUUACGUCAAGCUGUUGCUAAAGGGAUUGUUGACGUUGCACUUCUCAGUAAGCCCCUUCCUAAUGAAGCUCUCUCGGAAAUGCAUACUCUAUUGAGCCGUAUCCCAGUUUUGGAUCAGGCCGAAAAUGAUCUAGCACGUCUGAUGAGUAGUGUUAAAAUUAAUGAUGAUGCUGAUGGCGGAAGCAGACAUGUGGAAACACCAACAGAUCUCAUGACACCUGAGCAACGUUCCGAAUACAGUCGCCUAGUAAUUGAAAUUGCUGCUACUAAAACAGAAAUAGCAACAAUUCGUGAGCGCAUACGUGGCAAUGUCGAUGCUGUUUGUAAUAGGUCGGCAUCAACUUUGACUGAGAUUCAGCGUAUGCCGCCACCAACUCAACCAUCAUCGAAACUGCAAUCGGUUGUAACUUCGGCUCCUUCUCGUUUUGGUGACAGUAUACUGGACGUUGCUGUACGCGUUGAGCAACAAAAACUAUUUUCAAUUUAA